AGGCUUCCGAAGCUAGCGGGAGCUCUGUUUCGAUUGUGCUUAAGUGUGCUGAAAUUGUGUGUCGCUUGUAUUAUCGACGACCGUUUGAAGAGUAGCGCGAUGAUGAAGUGGACUACGAUGGGAAGCGGUACGCUGGUGCUGGUAGUGUUGGCCGCUGCGCUGGUAGCUGCAGUUCCCCGAGAGGGCUUUGGACAUGGUCUACAGGACUGGGGUUUCGCCGAAGUGCGCCCGGGUGCACACAUGUUCUGGUGGCUGUACUACACGCAUGCGGAAGUAUCGAACUACGCCGAUCGUCCGUUGGUGAUCUGGCUGCAGGGUGGUCCCGGUGCUUCCUCGAUGUACGGUAACUUUGAGGAGCUUGGUCCACUGACCCUCGAACUAGAGAACCGAACACACACCUGGGUGCGCGACUAUAACGUGCUGUUCAUCGACAAUCCUGUCGGUACGGGAUUCAGCUACGUCGAGGAUAUUUCACUGCUAACCAAAACGAACGGCGAGAUCGCGGACGAUCUGGUGGAGCUGAUGAAGCAGUUCUACACCAUCCAGCCAGAGUUUCGCGACACACCGCUACACAUUUACGCCGAAAGCUACGGUGGGAAGAUGGCACCCGAGUUCGCAUACGUCCUUAACAAGGCCAUCCAGAACGGUGAGAUCGAGUGCAAUUUGCAAUCGGUCGGUAUCGUGGCGCCGUGGGUUUCACCGAUCGAUUCCGUGCUGUCGUGGGCCGAGUUUCUGCUCAACAUGGGCUACGUCGAUACGAAGGGCUACCGUGCGAUCCAGGCGUCUGCCAUCGAGACGGAGCACGUGCUCAACCAGGGCCUUUGGGAGCAGGCCACCGAUCUGUGGGGUGUAACGGAGAACGUCAUUCUGCGUGAAACACACGGCAUCGACUUCUACAACGUGCUGUUCAAGCAGGACUAUAGAAGUACCCGGUCGCAGCUGGAGCAGUUUUCACGCGAUAUGCGAAGUGCAAUUGCAUCGCGAGCAACACGGCUAGCGUCGGAAGAUCGGGAUCAAAUACUGGAGGAUCUGAUGCGGUUCGAGGUAGCUCCUGCCCUCAGCCUUCCUGCCGAAUCAGUGUACGGUGCCCAGAGUAGGAGCGUGUUCAACACGCUCGCCGGUGACUUCAUGAAGCCAGCCAUCGACGUAAUGGAACUGCUGCUCAACAACACCAGCCUCGACGUGGUGAUCAUUACCGGACAGCUUGAUCUGAUCGUCGCCACUCCCGGUAAUGUACGCUGGAUCGAGAAGAUCCAGUGGGACGGGCGCAACAACUAUCUACAGUCGCCGCGCAACGCCGUCGGACGAAACGGUGUGCUGGAGGGUUAUGAAAAGAGCUACGGCAAGUUAGCUGUCUACUGGGCCCUACGUGCUGGUCACAUGGUUCCGGCCGAUAAUCCCAGCCUGAUGGACCAUAUCCUCGAGAAACACGCCCCUGUAUAAGGUGGGCUAUGGUAACUCAUUUUGACAAAAAUAUAAUGCAUUUAGUAAGA